AUGGCGGCGGCAGCGGCGGCGGCAGCAGCCCUACGGGAGUGGGCGGCGGCAGUAACGCGGCUGGACGCGGCCUGGCGGGAGGCGCUGGCCGCCUGCGCGCCGCUGUUGGGCUCGCUGGCCGGCCUGGCGGCGCAGAUGCGGGCGGCACAGCGGCUGCCGUGGGGCGGCUCGCCGCUGGAGGCUUUCGAUGACCUGCAGGAUCGGCUGUGGCGGAAGCAGCGCGGCGCGGCCGAGGCGCUGCUGGAGCAGCUCGGUGCCCGGCGGGCGGAGCUGCGGGCCGUGCGGGACGCCGUGGGGGCCGCUGGAGCUGGUGUGCUGCGGCUGUACGAGGAGCGGGCGGCGGAACUGGGGCUGGAGGCGGCCUUGCGGCGCGGGCCGCGCUGCCCCUCGCUGGCGGAUGUGCUGGAGGGGCUGCAGGACGUGGAGCGCUACUACCGACACCUGUACCUUGAGAGCAAACUUUUUCUCCUCCGCAUCAGCUGUGACAGCCUAGUGGAUAUGGAGGCCCUCCCACAGUCGUGGGAGAAGAUUUUGGAGUGCUACAAGGGAGACGUCGUUCAAGAUACACUCCUUAAGGUCUCUCUGUUUGUGGACAACCACCGGGAGCUAUACUGCUCUCCAGGUUCCUGACAGAGGACAGGAGGGACUGACACUGACCAG